CGGAAGUAGUUAACUCACAGAGAAAAGUAGUUCUGCACCUUGCAGCGUGUUGUAACCACUGGUCAAACGCAUUCGGUCCCAGUCCUCAGGAACGCCAUGGCUACUGAAAAAUGUUUCGCUAAAGGAAGCUCUGCACCUGGCCCUGUUCCCAAAGGUCAGCUGCGUCUCUACAGCAUGAGAUUCUGCCCUUUUGCUCAAAGGACCAGAUUAGUGCUGAACGCCAAAGGGAUCAAAUAUGACACCAUCAACAUCCAUUUGAAAGAGAAACCUGAGUGGUUUCUUGAAAAGAACUCUCUGGGUCUUGUGCCCGCACUGGAGACAUCUGCUGGUGAAGUUGUAUACGAGUCUCCCAUCACCUGUGAGUAUCUGGAUGAAGCGUAUCCUGAGAAGAAGCUUCUUCCAUCCUCUCCUUUUGGAAAAGCCCAACAAAGAAUGCUGCUGGAGCAUUUUUCCAAGGUAACACCUUACUUCUACAAGAUCCCAUCAGCAAGGAGGAAUGGAGAGGAUGUCUCUCAACAGGAAGUUGAGCUGAAAGAGAAAUUUGCUAAAUUGAAUAAGCACUUGGAGGAGAAAAAGACAAAGUUCUUUGAAGGCGACACCAUCACAAUGAUCGAUUACAUGAUGUGGCCCUUUUUUGAGAGGAUUGAGGCCUUGGAGCUGAAGCACUGCCUGGACCACACUCCUGAGCUGAAGAAGUGGACGGAGCACAUGCUGGAGGAUCCAGCUGUUAAAAAAAACCAUGUUCAAUAUGGACACCUACAAAGCCUUCUACAAGAGCGUUGCUGAGGGGAAACCCGACUAUGACCUCGGCCUGUGACAGAAACAAAACGUUCAUCCGUCCAUUUAUAUUCAGCACCACAAAUCAUCUCUGUUAUCAAUCUGUCCACUGAACUUUCUCUAUACUCGAUAUGUUGACUCUCAUGGAGAUAACAGUCACAAAGUAAAUGAAUUUGUAUCCCUUUUGUAUGUAUCACUUUUUAAAACAAAAUAAAAAUGAUACAGUUUCA